AUGAUGAGCUCUCCACGACGAUGGAUUCUCAUCCUCCCACCGCUCUUUACCCUUACCCUACUAUACUACGUCCUUCAUACCUAUAAUACAAACUCUCUCGCCUUGAAGUACACAGGCCCAUGGUCCCAAUCCGAUAUCGAUCAUUUAAUCUCAGAAGGGACGCAGCAACCUGCACAACCGGACCUUAAAUCUCCCGCCGCGUAUGAGGAGGACCGAUGCGGGCGUCUACGCCAUAACUUGAAAGAUGUAAUGGUCAUCUUGAAGACAGGUGCCACGGAAGCUCAAGAAAAAGUGCCAGUCCAGUUGCGCACUGGCCUCCAGUGUGUUCCGCAUUUUGCAAUCUUCUCCGACUAUGAGGAGGUUAUCAGCGGAGUCCGCACAUACGACGUCUUACAAAAUGUCUCCCAGUCUGUCAUAGACAAAGAGCCCGAGUUCGAAUUCUACAAACAUCUACAGCAAAAUGGCCGCGAGGGGCUGAGUUCCGAGGAUUGGGGCGAUGACACAAAUGGCCCUUUCGGCAAGGUGAACAACCCAGGUUGGAAACUUGAUAAAUGGAAGUUCCUGCCCAUGACUGCGGGGGCGAUGGAAUUGAAGCCUGAUGCGAAAUGGUACGUCUUCAUCGAGGCGGAUACCUAUAUAGUUUGGCAAAACCUUGUCAACUGGCUGGGCCAUUUGGAGCAUACUCGAAGCUACUACCUCGGCAGCCCGAUGCAGAUUGGCGAGACUCUCUUUGGAUAUGGUGGUGCUGGCGUUAUUCUGUCCCACCAGGCCAAUGUUCGUCUGCAAAAAUACCGCGCCGAGUCCACGGAUGAGAUUGAUGAAAUGACAGCUGCUGAGUGGGCUGGAGACUUCGUCUUGGCCAAGGCUUUGGAAAAUACACAGAUUCCUCUGACCUGGGCCUGGCCUAUGAUGAUGACUACUUCGCCUUGGGAAGUGGAUCAUUUCUCUGAAGCCUACGGUCGACAGCCUUGGUGCUAUCCGGUAGUCUCAUAUCAUCACAUGAGUCCUCGCGAGAUCGAGCUUUUGUGGCGAUUUGACCGAGGGUGGUUCCGAAGCGGCAAGAAUGCCCUCCUGCUGCAUGCUGAUGUUUAUCGCGAUUUUGUCCACAAUGGCACUCUCGCCGAGCGUGAAGACUGGGAUAAUCUCUCUGGAGCUGACAUUGUUUUCGAGCACCCCACUGAGCCAUCAGUGGACUCGUGUGCUGAUGCCUGCAUGCAGAACACCGGCUGCUUACAGUAUUCUUUCAAUCAUAAUGAGAGUACAUGCAAGCAUGCCGCUACCACCUUACAUGGCAUUGCUAGCAAUGGCACUUCAUCUGGGUGGAUGACUCGUCGUGUUCAAAAGUUGUUGAAUACGUUCCAGUCAUCAUGCCCUCAAGUCGAGUUCAUCUUUGACUAA